AUGUACAUGGACAGUAUUCAAGAAUCAGACUCAAGAAAUUCUGAAAAUAUAUAAUGUAUAGGCCCAUAUAUACAUUAAUAAUCUACAAGAGUGUAUUAAAAAAGAUUAACUUCCCUUGCCUCUAUGGUUUCUGAUCCAUAAGAUGGUUUUAAUCAAUAGUAAAAUGAUUUAUUGUAUUCUGAACAACGUAAACUAAAAUUUAUAAAACAGAAAGAAAGUGUGAGAAGAUUUUAAACAAAAAAUCAUGUAAUCUAACAUUUUUUAAAAAUUUAGAAUUCGCCACUUGUAUCAAAAUAAGUCACUAAAAAACCUUAAGGCAGCUUCUAAUAAAAAAUUUCUCAUUCUUUAUAAGCUGCUUAAUCAUAAAUGAAAUUAAUUUUAGGUAUGCUCCUUAGGAAUAGAUACAUUAAAAAAUUUUCAUAAAAUCUAUUUUUGAAAUCAUAUGUUCUUCCAAAGAGUAAAAAAAAUCUUUUAUUAUCAGAUUGGUAUUUAUAGGCUAAUUAAUUUUAAAAUGAAUUAAGUAUAAUUUAAUUAAAUAUUAGACAGAUAAAGAUUAUCAGAUAGUUAGUAAGUACUUAUUCUACCCUGGUUCAAAUUUUAUAAUUGUUUUUGAUACCUUCAUAAUGAUGAUUUAUUUAUUUAGUUUAUGGCUUAGUCCAUUUUUAACUAGUUUUACUCCAGAUGAGGGUGGAAUAGCAUCAACAGCUAUUUUAAUCAUAAUAGGAUUAGCUUUAGAAAUAUUUAUUUCUCUAAAUAGAGCAAUAAUAAAUUAAGGAGAAAUAAUUGAGGACCGUAAAACGAUAAUAAAAUAAUAUGUAACCAAAUAAUUAUUUUAUGAUUUAUCAAUGAUAAGCAUUUGGUUACUGUAUUUCCUUUAAUUUUAUAAAAUUUCAAUAAUAAAUGAAAUUUUAGGUAUUCUAUCAAGUAUAAUUACUAUAAAAAAAUUGGCUAAAAAUUAUUUUGGAUAUAUUGAGUAUCUUUAUUUAAAAGGAGGUGUUAAUAGUUUAGUUGAUCUAAUAACAUUAGUUAUAAUAAUUUGUUUUUAUGCACAUUUUAUGGCAAGUAUUUGGCAUUAUAUUGGAUCAAUAGAUUUACAAUUUGAAAAUACAUGGAUAAUAAAGUAUAAUUUAAUUGAUCAAUCUAUAUGGCAUAGAUAUAAUUAUUCAUUCUAUUGGGCUACUGUUACUAUGGCCACAAUUGGUUAUGGAGAUAUUACUCCUUAAAAUCAAGUUGAAAUUAUUUUCUCAAGCAUAAUGAUUUUAAUUUCAAGUUGUGUUUAUGCAUAUUUAAUGAAUUCAAUAGGAAUAUUAGUUAAACAUAUGAAUGAUACAAGAUUUAAAUACAGAAAACAAAUGGCAAUUGUUAGUUCUUAUAUGAGAAAAAAUAAUGUAAAACCAUAAAUUUAGGCUAGAGUCAAAAAUUUCUUAUAACUUAAUAUAUAAACAGAUAAAAAUGAAAAUUCAGAAGAAUUAGAGUAAUUAUUCUAAAUCUUUCCUGAAAGUUUAAAAUCAGAUAUGAUAAAUAAUAUCUAAAACAUAUUGAUAAAUAAAAUAAUGUUUUUAAAAUAGAAUUUUAGUAAAAAGCUAUUAAAGCAAAUAUCUACAAAUAUUAUUAGAUUUUAAGCUGCUCCAGGUGAUUGUAUUUUUAAAUAAAAUGACUAAAACGAAAAAAAUUUGUAAGAUUUAAUUUUUUAUUUAGAUAUUUAAUUCAUGAAGGAAAAGUAGAAUUGAUUGAAGAAAGAACAAAAAAGCCUUUACAAGUGUUGUAAUAAAAUGAUUGUUUUGGUGAAUAUUAAUUUUUUACUGGAUUUCCUCCAAAAGUCACAGCAAUAUCAAAAGGAUAUUCUGAAAUUUGUAAAAUUAGUAGAGAUAGUUUAUUAGAAUAACUUUAAAAAUUUUAAAAAGAUGCUGAAAGAUUUCAUCAUAUAAAGGAUUCAAUAUUAUUCGAAAAUAAUUUUUUCAAAAUCUUUUUAAACUGCCAUUUAUGUGGAUAGUAUAAUCAUUAGAUAAUUGAUUGUGGAAUGAUAUAAUAUAAACCAGAUUUAGAAUAAAGAUAAAAGAAAGCUUAUUAUAUUUGGAAAUAAAAUAGAUAAUCAUGGAUUAGAAAACAAUUAAAAUAUAAUUCCUUAGUAGCAUAAUCUGUAGUAGCUGAAUCUAUAUUAAGAUAUUAAUAAGAUAUUUAAGAAUCUUUAAUAGAUGAUUAAAAUGAUCUAAAUGAUAAGACUGAUACUAUGAUUGAAUAAGAUUAAACAUAAUCAAAGCUGGUUGUUCAAGAAACUCAAGAUAAUUUGGCCUAAAAAACAUAAAAUAAAACUAUAAUCUCUUAACAUUAAUAAUUUUUGGAGAAAUAAUAGUUUUCUAGUUCGUUUUAAAAAUUUCCAAAAAAUUUAAAAACUAAUACGAUUUAAAUAAAAGAAAGAAACUCUUUUAUGGAACUAUAGCUCCCAUUAAUUAGAAAAUAAAAAUCAGAUGAUAAUUAUUUUGAAUCAUUAGCCAUACCAUAAUUAUUUCAUUAAAAUAAUAUUGAUCAAAUGAGAAAUUAUCGUUAUUAUUUUUGUGAACAAAAUUCAACAGACAUUAUAAAAACUUAUAAUAAUAUUUAAAAUAAUAAAAAAAAAGAAGAGGGAGAGUUAAAUGAAUUGAAAAAAUUUUACCAUAAAUACACUUUCAAUUAAUCGUUAGUUAACAUGUUAAUAAGGACAAAAAAAUUAUUAUAGUGA